CAGCCACAGCUACUCUGGGCAGCCUGUGCCAGUGUCUUGCUACAUAAUAAUUUUUUGAGCUUUAUUACUUAAGAUGUAAUGUCACUAUCUUCACCAUCAACAAUUUGCUUAAAGGAAAGCCUACAACAAUUAAUCAGCAUAGACCAUGCUACAGAUCACCCCUAAUUACCACUACAAGUGUUCCUGUGCCCUGCAGAGUCCCUCACCAAACUCUGUGUUCAGCAGUACAUGGCAUUGCUCAUUCCUGGCAAACUCUUCUCCUGUCUUUCCCUGUCUGCAGAGCUCAGUGCCUGCCAAACCUGAGCUGCCCCUGUGCACUCACAGGUCUUUCUCUGGAGGCACCUUUAGCCUGCUCACCUCAUUAGCUGCAUGUGCUUCACAGAGCAUCCCAGCUGCUUCCCCUUGGUAUAUCAAGUCCCUGCUCCCUCAGCUUUUGUCUUCUACCUCUUGAGUAUGUCAGCUGUGGAAAUCAAAAUCUCUCUUCUAGUGCCUAUUUCAGCUAUACAAUAAGUUGUACUUUUCUUUCAGAUGACCUUGAUUUCCCUAUGAUUCCAUCUAGUACAGUGUCUAUAGGACAUAAAUCCUGUACUUCUCUCUGAAGUUGCACAGGCACUGUCUUGGGCACAAGUGUUAACAAUGUAGUUAAUUUUAGAAUGAGAUUCUCUGCCCUCAAACAGGCUCCAUUUGGAAUUUCAGCAGGUAUGUUUUGUUUGCUGAAGGAAUAUGCAUGGCAUUUUUUGUCAAAUUAUACAAAAAGCUUUGCGUUUAGAUAUCUGCCUUGGUAGUAUAAAGGUAUGUACUUUGAUUUCUUUGCCACUAUUUGACCUUUACCUAACAAAACCAGUACUUGGAAUUUUGUUAAUCACAUACAGCAAAUAGACAUCUAAAUACUGUAUCAAAAAUAAGUCUGCUAAAGAACUACUUUGAAGCAAAAUCUUUGAGUAGGAAUGACUUUCACAGUUAGAAACUUGAAGAAAGCUCUCUGUGGCUUUGUGCUUCACUCCAAAAGUCUCUGAGCCCGGAAGGGCCUACAUUUUAUUUCUGCAUCUGUCUGCUGCUGUAAGACUUGAACAAAAAUUCAAGUAAGGAGGCUGACAUUAAAACACAAAUAUGUGAUGUUGAUAAACACAUGCUAUUCCCAACUAUUUAUAGUCAUGCUUGGAUAUUUACUUUUGAUUUGGAUGUGGAGCUACAUCAGGGGCCCCAUUAUACAGUGCAGCCACACUGAACCUAGGAAACAAGAAAAUAAGAAUUAGGGUAUUAACUAUACUAGCACAUGCUCACAAUUAUUGCACAUUUAUAUUUGCAAGUUUAAUAGUGGGUACACAGACUAGUGCACAGUGUUGUGCACAGGGCUCCGGAGGAAGGUGACACGGCUGGAUUAAGGUACUUGGAAAAAAUCUUGUCUUCACUGUUUGGGCUCAACAUAAAUGCUGGAAUGUGCUUGAUUCCUGAGUUCUUGCUUUGGCUGCAGAAACCCUGUGUCUGCCUCUCUACAUAUGUACUACACUUCUUUUUUUUUCCCAUACUGGAAUUUUACCAGUUUUGCAAGAAGGCCACAGAGAGUACAUAUGGAGUCAAUAGACAGAGGAAAAUUCUUGGCCAUCCUGUCCCAUUUUGGGAAGAGAGAAGUGGACAACUAGGGAGUUAACAUGCACCUAGAUUCUGAAACGCAGGGACAGAGUGUUUGUUAAGAGUGUUUGUUGAGAGAUAAAUUAAUGAGAGUGAAACCAGGAUAUUUUGUCCAAUUAUGUGGGUGUGUAUAUGAAUUUCAGUUAAAUGUGAUGAGUUAAUUUUGGUCUGUACUCUAGGUACGGUGAAACACAGACCAGAGAGAACACAGACUGAUGGGCAUUUUCUUGCAGAAAAGAGCUAUGGAAAAACAAGGGGAGGUUUUGAUGAAGAAAUGAGGGUGUGAUUUUCUUCAUACAUAACAGGCUGAGAGACAGUCCUAGGGAAGUCAGUCAUGUUGGAGCAGGAUAAGACCAGAUGCUAAAGGGUUUUCUUCUGAGAGUGCUUUCCAGAAAUCUGAAAGGAUAGAGGCCUAGUGGAGAGACUGAAGUUUAAGGUUCACUCAGGCAAGAAUUAGCCUUCGUGCUCCCUGGAACACCUGACCUGGAAGUGACAUAUACACUAAACUGGGAGCAAAGUCCUGUAAUAAAUAACCGUGCUUCAGUCAUUUCCUCCUUUGUGCAGUGGAGAACUGUAACUUAAUGGCACCAGGGCCACUUUCACCGUCCUUUCCCUUCUUACUCCAAUGCUUAUGAAAAAGAGGGACCUGAGUUGCAAAAGCCGCACAGUGAAGAUUUCUUCUGGAGAGGUAAAUGCCCAUCCUGUGGGGUGUGAUUUUGUUUGUGGUGCAGCAUUACUUUGUCAAGAGCAGCAGCAGAGAGAGGCAGGCUUGGCCAGGAAGUGGCCAUGCAACCAGGUGCAGGGGGUGGCCACUUGCAGUUUCUCUGGGAAUAAGAAUUUUAGGUGUUGGAACUGCAUAUCCUGGGAUUAUAUGGCAUCUCCUCCCUCCAUGUCUGUCUUGGCUGCUGUCAGACCGGAUCUGGAAACAGCUGACCCUUUGAUGUGACCCUCUAUGGCUGUCUCUGUGCUUGCAGCUGCCACUUCCUCCUUGUUCGGGGUCAACUUUUCUACUCUUUUGCCAUAUUCUGGUUUCUGGUGCAGGUGAAAAAGGGCUUGUCAGUUGUGAAUCACUGACUGUGGCCCAUCUUUAGCACAUAUUUGCCAAGGACUGUGCUUCUGUUCCACCCUGCACCACUCACAGCAACAGGCCAUCUCAGUGUUGAAGUUGAUCCAUAGGUCCUGCCUCUGAGUCCUAAAUAAGAUCAUGAGGACUUCACUGUAAGAAUAACAGAAUAUGAAAGACCAGUUGGCAAAUCAUCCUAGACAUGGAAUCACUCCCAAAAUCCAGCUCUGUGGGACAGAAAGUUGCUUUGAAGACUUCAGUUUCUUGAUUAGGACAGCCUAAACUGCACCAUCCCUUAAUUAAAGCAAUGCUGUAGAUUUCUGACCACUGAGAUUUUGGCUGCAAUGUUCUUAAUAGUGUGUUCCUACUUUUACUGUGGUUCCCUCCAGUCCCUUAUUUUGCUGUUCAUGCCUUGAUUGCAAUCCCUCCCAUUCCAGCCAAGGAAGAUGAACUCUAGCCCUCUGUUUCUGUUUAGUGGUGGGUUCAAGCUGGAGGGUCUGAGGGAACUCAGCUCAGAAAGUAUUAAUUAAACCUGUGUCUCUGGGAUAGCCACUGAACUGCUGGGUCAAUGGACUAGCUAAAGGUAACUCUGUUGUCCAUCAAAUCACAUUGCACUGUGGAGUCUUUUUAUUAGUGAGCCAACCUUGAAGUUCAGACAAUUGUGCCUAGCAGUUGACGAGAGAAUUAUUUGGUAUGAAAAUGUGGACAGUGAAAUCUUUAGGGCUGAGAGCAUCUCCAGGGUUAUGUGAUAGAACUCAGAGUACCACUCCAGUGCUGUAGGGUUCUUUGGUUUGUGUAGAUGGUGUCAUUGUUUCUACAUUGAGUGUAUCUUACUAUGAUCUCUUCUACUUAAAAAAAAAAAAAAAAGUCAAGACAUUUUGAUGUUUUUUUGCAAGGAAACCCCACUGUCUGUUCUCAUCAAAGCCCUUUUCUGACCUAACAUUAUGUUCUUGGCACGCAGGUUGCAUACAGUGAUCUGAAACAUAAUGGUGGUUUUAAGAAAGGGUGAUCAUGUGUGGCUGGACACUCAACCAAACAGUGAAUUUAAUGUCCCUAUUGGGGCAGUUGUGAAGGAAUCUCACUCAGGACGGAUCUUGCUGGAGGAUGAUGAAGGCAAGGAGCACUGGAUCACGGCUCGGAAUAUGCACAUGGUGCACCUGAUGCACCCUUCCUCUGUCCAGGGGGUAGAGGACAUGAUUCGCCUUGGGGAUCUCCAUGAAGCUGGCAUGGUGCACAACCUCCUUAUCCGACAUCAGGAGCACAAAAUCUAUACUUACACAGGAUCAAUCCUUGUAGCAGUGAAUCCAUACCAGCUGCUGCCCCUCUACACAGUGGAUCAGAUCAGACUGUACUGUAACAAGAGAAUUGGAGAGCUUCCACCUCAUGUCUUUGCCAUUGCAGAUAACUGUUACUUCAAUAUGAAGAGGAAUAAGAGAGACCAGUGCUGUGUGAUCAGUGGAGAAUCUGGUGCUGGUAAAACUGAAAGUACAAAGCUCAUACUACAGUUUCUGGCAGCUGUCAGUGGCCAGCAUUCCUGGAUAGAGCAGCAAAUCCUAGAGGCCAACCCCAUUCUGGAAGCUUUUGGAAAUGCCAAGACAAUUCGAAAUGACAAUUCAAGCCGCUUUGGGAAAUACAUUGAUAUUCACUUCAACCAAAACGGGGUGAUAGAAGGAGCCCGAAUAGAACAGUUUCUACUGGAGAAGUCCCGGGUCUGCCGGCAGGCUCCAGAGGAGAGGAACUAUCACAUCUUCUACUGCAUGCUAAUGGGGAUGAAUACAGAGCAGAAAAAGAUGCUGAAUCUGGGCACUGCUUCAGAGUACACUUAUCUCACUAUGGGUAACUGCAUGUCCUGUGACAGCCGGAAUGACGCCAAGGAUUAUGCCCACAUCCGCUCGGCUAUGAAGAUCCUCAUGUUCUCAGACUCUGAGCACUGGGACAUCAGCAAGCUGCUGGCUGCAAUCCUGCACCUAGGGAAUGUAGAGUUCCAAGCGGCCGUGUACGACAACCUGGACUGCUCUGAUGUGAUAGACUCUCCACACUUCUCCAUUGCCACCAAAUUGCUCGAGGUGGACUCUAGUGAACUCCAGAACAGCCUCACAAACCUCUCCAUCAUUGUCCGAGGAGAAAGUGUGUCCAGGCCUCUGAAUGUGGUUCAAGCUGCCAAUGGGAGGGAUGCCUUUGUGAAGGGUAUAUAUGGACGGAUUUUCUUGUGGAUCGUGAACAAAAUCAACUCAGCCAUUUUCAACCCUGCUUCUCAGAAGCCUAAAGACAGACAUCAAUCCAUUGGUCUGCUGGACAUUUUUGGGUUUGAAAACUUCAGCAACAACAGCUUUGAGCAGCUGUGCAUUAAUAUUGCAAAUGAGCACCUCCAGCAGUUCUUUGUGCACCAUGUCUUCAAGCUGGAGCAAGAGGAAUACCUUGCAGAGCACAUUGCCUGGAACAACAUUGAUUUCACUGAUAACCACCAGGCUCUGGAAGUCAUUGCACUCAAGCCCAUGAAUAUCAUCUCCCUCAUUGAUGAAGAGAGCAGGUUCCCAAAGGGCACAGAUGCCACCAUGCUUGUCAAAAUCAAUUCCCUCCAUGGUAAAAGUAAAGUCUACAUCCCACCUAAGAGUGUCCAUGAUACAAAGUUUGGCAUCAACCACUUUGCUGGGGUUGUAUUUUAUGAAUCAAAAGAUUUCCUGGAGAAAAAUCGUGACACACUGAGUGCUAAUGUAAUGCAAGUGGUCCAUUCCUCCAAAAACAAAUUCCUGAGGGAGAUUUUCCAGGUGGAAACAACCCUACCUAUUCUGGGACGUGGGACCAUUCGGCAUCUUGGCUCUGAUCAGGUCUACAAGGGCUUGGAUACCACCAAGCGGCUCUCGACACUGGGAGGACAGUUCAAGCAAUCCCUGGAAAAACUAAUGAAAAUCCUUGAGCAGUGUCAGCCAUACUUCAUCCGCUGCAUCAAGCCAAAUGACUACAAGAAACCACUGUUGUUUGAUCGGGAGCUAUGUAUCAAACAGCUGCGAUAUUCAGGGAUGAUGGAGACCAUUCAGAUCAGGAAGGCUGGGUACCCAGUUCGCUACAGCUUUGAGGAGUUCUUCGAGAGAUACAGAUUUCUUCUGCCAUGGUCUCUUCGACAAAAGCUGAAGAAUGACACUCGACAGAGCUGCAUCAGCAUCUCCGAAGCAGUGCUUGGCAAGGAUGAAAGCUGGCAAGUUGGAAGGACCAAGAUUUUCCUUAAAGAUCAUCAUGACACUGUAUUGGAGCUGCAACGCCAAAAUAUACUCACAGAUAAGGUUCUUCUUAUCCAGAAGGUGAUGAGAGGAUUGAAGGACAGGAAGCAGUUCCUGAAACAGAGGAGGUCUGCUGUAGCCAUUCAGUCAGCCUGGAGAGGCUACUGCUGCCGGAAGGAAUUCAGAACGGUGCUGCUGGGCUUCGGGCGCCUGCAGGCGCUGUACCGCAGCCGGCAGCUGGCUCAGCAGUACGAGACCAUGCGGGCUCGCAUCGUCGCCUUCCAGGCCCUGUGCCGCGGCUUCCUGCUGCGACAGAGGCUGGCAGAGCAGAAGAAAGCCGCCUGUGUCAUACAGGCAUAUGCAAGGGGCAUGCUCGCUCGCCAAACCUACCGGAGGAUAAAGAGGGAGAACAAGCUGGAAGCCAGGAAUAUCCACUUGAAAGACCUGGGACCACUGAAAGGAAGGGAAGGGGCUAUGAGAUUACAAAAGGAACACCUGCCAACUCAGGGGAGAGAGGAAGCAGAAGCAAGACCGAGGAGGAACGUGCUUGCCAAUAAACCAGCAAAUCAUGAUGUUAUCAGUGACCAGGAAAUGGUGGACAAAAUUUUUGGGUUUUUACCUUCUGUGAUUGGAGGCCAAGAAGGACAGGCUCCUCUGGGUUUUGAGGACUUGGAAACAAAGCCGAACAAGCUGGAGGAAGUGGACCUGGACAUGGUUCCCAUGAGUGUGGAGCUAGAAGAGGAAGCACUUGGUUUGGAAGACUACACCUUCCCCAAGUUUGCAGCUACUUAUUUCCAGGGGUCUUCUACACAUACACAUAUCCGGAGACAGCUGCGGCACCCACUACUCUACCAUGAAGACAAGGACAACGUCCUGGCUUCUCUAGCUGUGUGGGUGAUCAUCCUGAGGUUCAUGGGGGACCUGCCUGAGCCAGCAAUGUUUGCCAAGAGUGCCACCACCAAGAGCAGCUCCGUGAUGACACAGAUAUAUGACACACUUGGCAGGAAAAACCAGGUCCAGUUGAGGAAUGACAGCCCAAAUAUGAAAGAAGGCAGAAGGGAUAACAAGAUUUCUAAGGGGAUUUCAUCCCUGAAGCUGAAACGGUCAUCCAAGCUGACAGGGAAGGUGACAGAGCAGCUACGAAGUGGAGAAGAGGCUUUCCAAGAGGACAUCUCGAUCUCUCAGAGACCUAUGUCCAACCUAGAAAAAGUACACUUCAUUAUUGGCAAUGCAAUUCUGCGUCCUGCCAUCAGAGAUGAGAUUUAUUGCCAGAUUUGCAAACAACUCACAGAAAACAGCAACAGGAGCAGCUAUGCUCGUGGCUGGAUCCUUCUGUCGCUUUGCCUUGGUUGUUUUCCUCCUUCAGACACAUUUGUGAAGUACCUGUUGAAUUUCAUCCACCACGGGCCCACGGGCUACGCUCCAUACUGUGCUGAGCGUCUGAGACGCACCUACAGCAACGGGGCCCGGACUGAACCUCCCAGCUGGCUGGAACUUCAGGCAACAAAGCAGAAGAAACCCAUUAUGUUUAAUGUCACCCUGAUGAAUGGCCAAAGCAUCACUGUCCCUGCAGACUCUGCUUCCACUGCCAAAGAGAUCUGUCAGUUCAUAGCAGAUAAAACCAAACUGAAGGAUGUCUUUGGGUUUUCGCUCUACAUUGCUGUGUUUGAUAAGGUCUGGUCGCUGGGCGGGGGCCGGGACCACGUCCUGGACGCCAUCUCGCAGUGCGAGCAGCUGGUGAAGGAGCAGGGCACCCACGAGCGCCACACGCCCUGGCGCCUCUACUUCCGCAAGGAAAUCUUCACCCCCUGGCACAACUCCCGGGAGGAUCCUGUCAGCACUGAUCUCAUCUACCACCAAGUCAUCCGGGGCGUUCGGUUUGGAGAGUACCGCUGUGAGAAGGAGGAAGAUUUGGUGGAGAUAGGUGCAAAAUACUGUUAUAUCCAAUUUGGAGAUACCAUCCACAAUGAACUUGUACAGAAGGUGCUCCAUGACUGUAUCCCAGUAAAACAGCUGAAAUCCAAGCCCCUGGAAAAGUGGGUGAGCCUUGUAACCUAUGCACAUGCUAAGGCCCCAUACACACAAGACCAUCUCUCCUCUCAGACUGUGAAGGAACAACUUGUAGAUUUUGCUCGCUUUCAGUGGCCUUUGCUUUUUUCCAGAUUCUUUGAAGUCACUAAGUUUUCAGGCCCCAGCUUGCCUAAGAACCACUUCAUCAUUGCUAUAAAUUGGAAAGGCAUCUGCUUCUUGGAUGAGUCAGAAAAGCGGCUCCUUGAGCUGAGCUUCCCAGAGAUAACUGGCAUCCACACCAACAGGGCAGUGAAGUCAUUCGGACAGAGCUGCACUCUCAUCACACUUCGUGCUGAGGAGUUUGUUCUGACAUCUGUGAACAGCGUUGUCAUUGCUGAACUGGUGGUGAUGUUCCUGGAAGGACUGAAGAAAAGAUCACAGUUUGCUGUGGCAAUGCAUGAGAAAAAAUCUCAGGAAGAUCCUGGCAUCCUGUCCUUCAAGAAGGGAGACUUGCUAAUCUUCACUGAAGGCAAAAGGCUGGAUUCAGACUCUGGCUGGAUCUGUGCCCAGAAUGAAAGGACAGGCAAAACAGGGAAUGUAUUUUUGGAAGACAUCUAUAUCAUUCCUUCACUCACAAAACCCUCUAGUCAAGUGCUGAGUUUGCUGAUGAUGUCUCCAGACCAGAGGAGGACAGCUUCACAGAACUCCUUCAUGGACGAACCUGAUGAAGAGGAUAUCAAGGUGAAGCCUUACACCCUGGAAGAAUUCUCCUAUGAACACUUCAGGACUCCUGAAAAGGAAUCCAUCAGCAAAGCUGUUCUCCAGAAAUCCCGUGGGCACAGUCAACUAUGGGCACAUUCCAAGGAGCCUCUGAAACAGCCAUUGCUGAAGAGAGCAUGCACAGAUCCUGAUCUUCGGGAUUUGGCCUGUCAGGCCUUCAUUGCCAUCAUGAAAUUCAUGGGAGACUACCCCUCAAAACAGGCACACUCCUCCGUGGAAGUCACUGACCAGAUAUUUGUGCCAGCUAUCCAGGAGGAGGUCCUGAGGGAUGAGAUUUACUGUCAGAUUAUGAAACAACUGACUGAGAACAGAAACAGGUACAGUGAGACCAAGGGCUGGCAGCUCCUCUGGCUCUGCACUGGCCUCUUCCCACCCAGCAAGUCACUGCUCAAACAUGCCCAGAAGUUCAUAGAGACACGUCAGAAAGAAACACUGGCCCCGGGGUGUCGUCGGAGGAUUCAGACAGUAAUGAGGAGCGGCUGCAGGAAGUGGGCACCUCAUCCUGUGGAGGUUGAGGCCAUCUUACAGAACAACACUAAGAUCUCACACAAGAUUUGCUUCCCCAACGAAACAGAACUGACAUUUGAUGUGGGAACAAACACCAAAAUCCAGACUCUGUGUCAGAACAUUGCUUCCAAAUUAGAGCUGCACUCCUGGGAAGGUUUCAGCCUCUUUGUGAAGAUUGCAGACAAGGUGAUCAGUCAGAAUGAAGCAGACUACUUCUUUGACUCACUAAGGCAGGUGACAGACUGGAACAGAAGGAACAAGCCAGGAAAAGAUGGUGCUGCUUUGUCUGUGGCCUAUGAGGUGUACUUCAUGAGAAAGCUGUGGCUGAAUGUCACUCCUGGCAAGGAUCUGAAAGCUGAUACCAUUUUCCAUUACCACCAGGAGCUGCCAAAGUACCUCAGGGGCUACCACAAGUGCUCCAAGGAAGAAGCUGUGCAGCUGGCAGGGCUGAUUUGUAAAGCGCGCUUCAACAAUGACCGCACACAGCUGGCAGCCAUCCCCAAAAUCCUGAAGGAGCUGGUGCCAGACAAUCUGCUCCGAGCAGUGGCACCAGAUGAAUGGAAGAAGAGCAUUAUUGCAGCAUAUAGUAAACAUGAAGGAAAAACUGUGGAUGAGGCCAAGAUUGCUUUCUUGAAAAUGAUACACCGAUGGCCAACAUUUGGCUCAGCCUUUUUUGAGGUGAAGCAAGCCUCAGAGCCCAAUUUCCCAGAGAUUGUACUGAUUGCAAUCAACAAGCAAGGAGUCUCACUGAUCCAUCAGAAGACAAAGGAUAUUUUAGUAGUCUAUCCCUUCAAUAAGAUCUCCAACUGGAGCAGUGGGAGCACAUACUUUCACAUGACCAUAGGGAACCUGGUACGAGGAAAUCGGCUCUUAUGUGAGACAUCUCUGGGUUACAAAAUGGAUGACCUGUUAACAUCCUACGUACGCCUACUCAUGAAUGCUGUAAACAAGCAAAAGAACCUCCCAGCCUGAGAGUGGAAAUAGAGCCCAUGACCUGUACUUGUGCCAAACUACCUGUAAUUUCAUAUCCCAGAAGAAAUGCCAUUUAAAAAAUAUUAAUCUUGUUGAUCGAUCUCCUGAUCACACACUGAAUGAACUGAGUUGCUGAAAGACUACUACAAGAGAAGCUCAAGUGAGCAUGUGCUUUCAAAUAUCUGUAACACUUCUGUCUUAGAUGUAGUAUGAGAAUUCCAUUCAGGUACUGGGUUUAGAGAAAGUUUAGAUAGACUUCAAUGUUCUAUGGGAGUGGAGAAACCCUGUGAGAGCCCCUUCUAGUAACCUGAAUCUCCUCCAUUCAAAGACUACACACAGUAAGAGCUGUCUUCUUCUGGAAAGAAAAUGCCCCUUAUUGCAUAUGCUCUUACCAAAUGCACAAACUCCAAGAGUCUUUGGAAACUAAGGUAAUGUAAUUUUUUUCCUCCUAUUGGCAAUUCUAAGAGUGGAGAUAUGCCCUUUGGUAGUAGAUAACUGGACAGUUUGAAAGGUAAGACACUGGGUUCCAUCCUCUGGUCCCUUGGUUACUUGCUGCACAUGACAGACUGACAGCCAAUUACUGUCAGAAUGUAACUGUCCUUCCUGCAUGCUGCUAAACUUGCAAGCUGUCCCCUGAUUUACCACAGCCUUGCUUAAAUUAAAUAAUCUUCUUUUUUCCACAUGUUAUAAUGCGCUUGGAAACUUACAACCACUUUCUACUGUGCAGUUUCUAGUAAGCUCUGAAAUGAGUCUGGGGUUUGGGUCCAUCACUUUUAGUUGCUCCUAUUUCAAGAUAUAGAUGAGCUAUUCAGUCCAAAUCAGAAUUGAAGAACUCAGUCUAACAGAGGUCUGUUGAAAAGAGACUUUUCUGCUCUACAAAAAUGUUCUGUUUGGAGUUAUGCAGACAUUCCCUCAUGAGACAAGAAUAAUAGCUUUAAUUUGUCCUGAUCUUUUCUGCUUCCUGUUUGGCAGACAGUUGAGUGGUAAAAUUUGAUUCAGCACUUGUUAAUCUCUAAGAGCUUUGUAGAAACAUAGCUUUGGUGCCAGGGGAACCAGAGUGUGCUCUGAGUGUGUAAAGCAGAUAUAGACUACGGUGGGAACAAGCUUAGCUGCUACCCUCUCAGAUCAAGUACUCCUCCCUCGCUCCCAGUGAAACAUGAACAUGUCUUAAAGCAUUUACACCAAGUUCCUCGAGACACAAUCUGGCAGUGUUGGAAAAACAGCUCUGCCUGAUCUCUCAUCUUUGCCAAUGGAUGCACAAUGGCUCUCUUGUUCCCUCAGACAUGUGUGUGAAAAAUUUAAAUGCUAGCAGGAGUUUUGUAUAUGGGUGGCAGGGAAGAGCCCCACUCUCUUUGUGCAUCUAAAUGAGUGCCACACCUGUCAGAAUAGCUGAUCUUUUUGCAAGCAAAUGCUCCUGCUGUAAUGUCCAUUGCUGGCAAUGGAAAUGCUGGAGUCUAAUUACCCAGAGUGGUUUUGUCACCCAGUGUCUGAUCUGACUAACUAGCUAUGAGUGAGAAAUGUUCAACACUUCACCUGUAUAAAUUUUGCAGGCCAAACUGUAUUGUUUCUGGUUUUUAAAUAAAGACUGCAGAAAAUCAA